UACUAUCUAUUUACAGCUCCCUCUCUCUAUAUAUCUCUACCCACAUUCUGAAAGAAAAGUACAACCAUCUUUCCAUAGUCUAGCCUUCACCUCUGUACUUUUCAGAAGAGAUGGGUAUCCGAUUGCCUGGGAUAGUUCAUGCAAAAGCCCUUCUCCGACGUUCUCUUUUGCCUUCUACAUCAACCGCUAAUGUUCCAAAGGGUCAUGUUGCAGUCUACGUUGGUGACCUGCAGACCCAAAAGAAGAGGUUCGUUGUUCCAAUAUCCUACUUGAGCCACCCUUCCUUCCAAGAUUUGUUAGGCCAGGCAGAGGAAGAGUUUGGAUUCCACCAUCCAAUGGGUGGUCUUACAAUUCCUUGCAAAGAAGAUCAAUUUCUCCACCUUACCUCUCGUUUGAGUGGCUAGCUAAUGAAAAGAGGGAAAUGCAAGAACCUCACAUUAAAGAGGCCAAUCAAGAAAAAUGGAUCUGCAGUUCAGUUAGCAUUCUGUGCCUAGCUACAACAUCGCCAAAUCAGAGGUUUGAACCACGAUGAUAUCAAGCAAGUGGGAAGAGAACACAUUCAAAAGCUGAAUAAGAAAAUGGAAGCUUUCUCCAGUUUUACAGCCAGCGGGAGAAGAUUGUGCUCAAAGCUGCAGGGAAAGAACAUUAACAUUGAUAUAUAAAUUUACUUUCGUACACUCCAAUGUAUAAAUUUACGUUUUUACACGACCAGGGAGUAAAUCUCCCCAAUACAAACAUCAUUAAUUCAAUAAAUUCUUUUCCGUCUUUAA